AUGAGUGCAGCCGCACGCACGGACGGUGCGCCCGCGCCGAAACGUGCACGCACGUCCGCGCUCAGCGCGGACAUCAAAGAGAAUGAAGCGCAACCAUCUGCGGAUGCAGCUGCCGAAGAACUCGGCGCGGAAGACUGGGCGCGCCUCGCCCGGGACGCCGAGACAGAAAGCGUGCCUGUGCGCCGCGACCUGUACCUCGACACGAUCAACCGGAACCUGCUCGACUUUGACUUUGAGAAACUGUGCUCUGUGUCUCUGUCCAAUGUAAACAUUUACGCAUGCCUCGUAUGCGGCAAGUACUUCCAAGGCCGGGGCAAAAAGACGCAUGCCUACUUUCACUCGAUCAACGACGAGCACCACGUCUUUAUGAACCUAGAGACGGCGAAGGUAUACGUCCUUCCGGACAAUUACGAGGUGCAAGACCCGUCGUUUUCCGAUAUCCAGUACCAGCUGUCGCUCACGUUUACAGAGAAGCAAAUUGCCCAGCUCGAUGCGCCGGAUGCGCCACUUUCACGCGGCCUGGACGCGCAGACGUACCUGCCUGGCUUUGUGGGCCUGAACAACAUUAGCCACAACGAUGCGAUGAAUGUCGUGAUCCAGGCGCUGGUCCAUGUGCCGCCGCUGCGCAACUACUUCCUUCGGGGCGGUGUGCCCCGCGCGGCGCGCGGCAAGGUCGAUGUGCGCGGAGCAUCGACCGUCUCCGAGGCCGCUGGCGAGCUUGCGCACAGCACAGAGCUUGUGCAGCGCUUUGCGACGCUGGUGCGCCGUAUUUGGAACCCUCAUGGCUUCAAAGGCCAAGUGUCGCCGCAUGAAUUCCUGCAAGAAGUUGCGAAUGCAAGCCAAGGGCGCUUCAAGCUGACCGAGCAGGGUGACCCGGUCGAGUUCCUUGGCUGGCUGCUGAACCGACUGCACAUGGACCUGGCCGGAAGUGCGUCUGCCGCGCGCAAGCGCCCCACGAUCAUUACGCGCUGCUUCCAGGGCGGCGUGCGUGUCGAGUCGCAAAAUGUCAUUGUGCGCACUGGCCUCGAGGACGAGGUUGUGGACAAGCUGGACCACGACGGCCGCCGCAGCGGCGGACAGCAGGACGAGAGCGGCAGGGCCAAGUUUAACAUCAACAAAGAAAUUAAGGUGGACGUCUCGCCGUUCCUGCUGCUGGCCAUUGAUCUCCCCCCGGCCCCCGUCUUCCAGGACGUGGCCGAGGAGAACAUUAUUCCGCAGGUGCCCAUUUCGCAUGUGCUGGCCAAGUAUGAUGGCGAGACGUUCCAAGAGAGCAACGGCGUGAUCCGGCGGUACCACCUGACCAAGCUCCCUCCCUACCUCAUUCUGCACUACCGCCGCUUUACCAAGAACCGCUUCGUGGAGGAGCGGAAUCCGACGAUUGUCAACUUUCCCACGGUCGGCUUGGACCUGCGCGACUAUGUGCAAGCGCCGCCGCCCGAUGAGCCUACGAUCGGUACCGUGUACAACCUCCUGAGCAACAUUACACACGAGGCGACGCCCGGCACGGUCCGCGAGAACAGUGUAUGGCACUCGCAAGUGCACACACGUACGGAUGGCGCGACCGAUGCCAAAGAGGCGGCGCCUGGAGAAGAGCGCUGGUUCCAGAUGCAGGACUUGAUUGUCGAGGACGUCAACAAGCAGAUGCUCUUCCUCGGCGAGUCGUACAUCCAGAUCUGGGAGCGCGCUGGCGCCGUACCCGAGGUCGAGCGCGACGCGCAGCGCCUCGUUCUGCCGCGGCAAAAGCAUAGCGCCAGUAAAAAGGUGUAG